AAAAGAAAAAGAUAGGACGAAUGGUUAGUAAACAAUGGCUGCCCAUAGGAAGCUCAUAAAGUAGUUUCACUCUUGCAGUUUCAUCUCUGCAAACUUCCGCUGAACCAUAGUUCCCAAUAAUGGCUUUUGCCGCACCAAAAAUAAUGCAUGUCUUGUUAUCUAUUUUCUUACUCUUGAACUUCAUGAUUCCAUUUGCAUUCUCUUUGACCUUUAACUUCACCAGUUUUGAUCCUAAUGACAAAACCAUAAUCUAUGAAGGAUCAGCAAAUCCUGCUUCAUCAGCUAUCCAACUUACAAUAAACCAACAAGGUAAGCUCAUGAAUGGAAGCAUUGGUAGAGCAACAUAUUACCAACCUAUCCACCUUUGGAACAAAACUACAAACAAUCUCACAGAUUUCACAUCUCAUUUUACCUUUACUAUAAAUUCACAGAAUAGAAACAAAUAUGGAGAUGGGAUUGCAUUCUUCCUUCAACCUUCUGGUUCAAAGAAGCCUAAUGCAACAAAAGGAGGAUCUAUGGGUUUAACUCUUGAUAACCAAGCAUUGAACUCAACUGAAAAUCCAUUUGUUGCUGUGGAGUUUGAUAUCUAUCGGAACCGCUGGGAUCCGCCUCUUGAACAUGCUGGAAUCGACAUCAACUCUAUGAGAUCGGUUGCUAACGUGACAUGGUUGGCUGAUAUCAAACAAGGUAGACUCAAUGAGGCUUGGAUCAGUUACAAUGCUAGUUCACUAAAUCUAAGUAUUAUAUUCACUGGUUUUAGUAAUGGAACUUCUACAACUGUGAAUCAGACUUUAUCUACCAUAGUUGAUCUCAGACUUUAUCUGCCAGAACUUGUUUCUAUUGGCUUCUCAGCUGCCACAGGAACAUCAAUCGCUAUUCAUAGUAUAUCUUCAUGGGAUUUUAGCUCAACUUUAGAAGCAGAACAAGAUAACAACAAAACAAUUACUGCUCCUAGUUAUAAGAAGAAAAAGGCCAAGACAGGAAUAGCAGUUGGAUUGGGAAUUGGUGGAUUUGUUUUGAUAUGUGUGUUCGUUUUUAUUUCCGUUUACUUGUGGAAGAAGUGGAAGAAAGGAAAAGAAGAGGAAGAUGGUGAAUUUGAAGAGUACAUGGGUGAGGAUUUUGGAAGAGGGACAGGACCCAAGAAGUAUACAUAUGCAGAACUAGCACAUGCGGCUAAUAAUUUCAAAGAUGAGCAUAAGCUAGGACAAGGAGGAUUUGGAGGUGUUUAUAGAGGGUUUCUUAAAGAUACAAAAUCUUAUGUUGCUAUUAAGAGGGUGUCAGAAGAUUCUCAUCAAGGGAUAAAGGAGUUUGCAUCAGAAGUAACGAUUAUUAGCAAAUUAAGGCAUAGAAAUCUAGUGCAAUUGAUUGGUUGGUGUCAUGAAAAGAAAAAGCUAUUACUUGUAUAUGAGUACAUGCCAAAUGGUAGUUUAGACAUUCAUCUUUUCAAAAAACAAAGCUUUUUGAAAUGGGCUGUUAGAUAUACAAUAGCUAGAGGCUUGGCUUCUGCAUUGUUGUAUUUGCAUGAAGAAUGGGAACAAUGUGUUGUACAUAGAGACAUAAAAGCAAGCAACCUAAUGCUUGAUUCAGAGUUUAAUGCAAAACUCGGAGAUUUUGGUUUAGCAAGGUUUGUGGAUCAUGGAAAAGGUGCACAAACAACAGCUUUAGCAGGGACCAUGGGAUACAUGGCUCCUGAAUGUGCUACGACCGGAAGGGCUAGUAAAGAAACAGAUGUGUAUAGUUUUGGAAUUGUUGCUUUAGAAAUAGCUUGUGGAAGAAAAGCAGUAAAUAUUAAGGCUCAAGAAAAUGAAGUACAUAUUGUUGAGUGGGUUUGGGGGCUAUAUGGAAGAGGGAGAAUUCUUGAAGCAGUGGAUCCAAGACUAAGUGGAGAUUUUGAUGAGGAACAAAUAAAGUGCUUAAUGAUUGUUGGUCUUUUGUGUGCUCACCCUGAUCCUAAUAAUAGGCCUUCAAUGAGACAAGCUAUUCAAGUGCUUAAUUUUGAAGCUCCACUGCCUAAUCUUCCAUCAAGUAUGCCUAUACCAACAUAUGCUGAGGGCCCUUUUAAUUCUUUCACAGCUCCAUUUAGCAUAAGUGGUUCAGAGGAAGGUCAAAGCAAGAAUAUAAUAAGCUUUAGUUCAAACACAAACUCAACUACUUCUGAUGUUUCACCUUCUAUGUCGCUUUUGUAUUCUAGAUGAAAUUCAUUUUAUUUUAAUCUAUCUUUCUAUCUUGAGUGUAUGUAGAACUUGUCUUCAUGUAUCCUUACGUAUUAAUCAAAUUUUUCUAUGAUAGAUUUUUCUUUCA